AUGGAACACGGGGAGCUUCCUUAUCGGUUGGAAGAGCUUUUGACGAGUUUCUACAGGUUAGAAACCGUUGAGAGGAUCAACUAUGUGCAGUAUAUUCCCAGCAAAUCCGACGCACAGUGGAGCAUUCAAACCGAGCUGGCUCUUAGAAAACAGGAUUCCAAGGUGCUUACAUCGCUAUUUUCACGCGAACUGUGGUGCUUCAGCAUUAAUCAAGCUCCAAUUCCCAGCCUGGAACUGGGCCACUCGGGGACGCCUCCAGCUCCGGAAAAAACAGGCUAUUUCACCCCAGAUUUCUCUAAGCCAAAUCUACCCACCGCGUACGCUGUGUUUCUGAAGGCACUGCGGCGUAUGAUACACAUCAAUCUGUGUCUGGACUCCAAACAGCACCUUGUCCCAUUUGGCAACUCCUGCUUGCUGAAAAAUAGCGAUCCCGAAUUUAACAAGCUCGUCCAUUUUGAACCGCAAUUGUUCGAAAAUGGAGACCUGUGUGUCUCGGUGUGUAGCAAAGAAAUGCGAUUGCGAAGUCUUGACAUGACCAUGAUAACCGAAUCGCAUUUCAGAAAAAACGCCAUUUACUUGGCUCCCUCGGGUAUAAGGGCAUACUUAGCGUCCUCAGACGUCAAUAAUUGCGUUUCGCCAGCUCCCAGAAAUGCUUCGGUGUUACUCAUAACGCUCUUAGUCUCUCAUGGAAUUGAUCUCACCAACAGGAAAGAUCUGACAUGGGUCAGAGUGUCGCCAAAUUUGGACCAUCUGAAUGGCUACACACCAUGCAUUGCCGGUUAUUUGGACCCUCCGAAAUCUACCAAAACAGCUAUUUGGCCGCUCGAAUUGUGCUUUUCUCAGAGCUGCCUUGAACCUGUUUCCACACGUCAAAAUCUAAUACUCCAUCCUAAUUUGCAAGACACAUUCGAUAUGAUCGAUGACUUUAUACACCUAAAGCUAACAUCUGCAUUCAGAACACCAGGAAGCAUCUCAGGGGGGCCAGGUUCGGGAACUAUAACCGGAAAUAACACGCUGAGCACUGGCGGGAUCUACGCCGAUCAGUACCCUGCAUUUCACAGGCACACACAGAGCGGAAGUUUGGCCGCGUUAGGAGUUUUCAACAAUUCUGCUACUUCAAGGUUGUCUCCAGGCACAUUCAUCACCAAUGUGACGCCAGUUAACUCGAGGUCUGCCCCACACUCGGUCGAGAAUCUAAGCUUCGGCUAUCUAACAACACCAAACAUUAACGAAAAUAUUGAUACAACAAUUGACGACGUCAUUUUGAGUGAGUCUCCACGCAAAGUCGCUAGUGCUGCAUGGGAUGGAGGAGUGAAAGAAUCUGAAGAAAGGGCUUUCAUGGAAAGUACAUCAAAUGAUGCAAAAUCAGCGACCUCGACUUCGCACACUGACGAAGACGGCAGCGAUCUGGAGGCAGAACUGUUCGGAGAUGUAAAAGAUGGCGAGGAGAACAAUUCACCUCGCUCUGGAAUGACCGAGCCAGGUUAUCAUGUUAAGGAAAUAACUGAUGAGAUGCUUGAAAUAGCAGACGAUAGUGAUCAUUCCAAAGAAAGAUCAACGCAUAUGAAAGAUCCAUCACCUUUCAACAUCGGGGAAUCGCCGUUCAAGCGGAAGUAUCUGGAUAUACCGCUUGACGAGAUAACUCUACCUAAUACACCCCUAUACACAGAUCCUGGGGCUCCACUUCCCAUUGAAACUCCCAAGGAUCGAAGAAAGAGUGUAUUCGCCCCGCUUAACUUCAAUCCAAUCAUAGAAUCUAACGUCGAUAACAAGUAUAAGAAUGGAGGUAAGUUUUCAUUAGACGGAUCUAAACUUGAGGAAUCACUGAAAUUUGAUGUGUCAACCGCGAAUAUGUCCAGCUCAGAAGAUGAAGAUUCCGGAAGUGAUGUUGAAGAAUAUGGCAAUCUCAUAGGCGGUACAGCUCCUCCAGCCCUGGAGGGAAAUCCCGUGAUAAUGAAUUUUCCAGUGGAAAGCCAGCCUCAGACAUCUUUGGACGUUGUACAAGGUUACGUUUUUAAAGACUCUAUACCUUUCCAACGGUCUGAAAACGACGUCGGAGACGAACGGGACAUGCUCGUCAAUCACUCCGAUACGUGGAAGAAAGGCGGGUCGCUCGAUAAUUUUGACCCACAAACAAGCCAGUUACCUCUGGGCGGUUCAAAAACCGGUCAUUUGAGUAGUAAUAGCGAGCCUGCAGAUGACUUGAUGAAAUUGGCUACAAAUACUCCGUUUUCAGACAAGGCAAGUAAGUCUCCGGCACCAACAUACUUUUCCGAUACAAGCUCUGAUGGGAUAGAGCUAAAAGAAAAUGGCGAGGUUCUUUAUUCUGACUCUCCUGCUGCGCCUGAAACGUCAAACAGUUUACCGUUUCUUCUAAGGCACAUGCCGCUCUUUUCGAUGCCUGAUGUCUUCUUCUGCAAAAAUCCAAGACUUCGCAAAAAGGACAAUUUGAAUACCAUAUUGGACCUGCUAAGUGAUCAGAUCAUUUUUGAUAAUGGAAUCCUGAACAAUCUGGGUACAGAGCCCGUCACUUAUGGCAAGUUUAUUGGUUGUUCCGAAGGCACGAUAAAGAAGACAAUGGAAACUACCUUUUCGAAGUUCGAAAGGGUAAACGGGGGAGAGAUAAUUGAAGAUAUUAACUACAUCCCUCAGCCCGCGGUGCACCUCAAGAAGAAUGACGAGCUAAUCAAAAUGAAAGCCGACGCAGAGCUGUUCUCUUCACACCUGUGCUUACGGCCAUACAAAGGCACUAAGAAUUUCAAGACGCUCUUCUUGACCACGAAGUUGAAAAACGACUGUUUCGACUUCCUUUCUACAAUGUCGCAAAUCUAUUCGAGUGAGGAGUUGGGCUUUUGUGAAUUGGUAAAACUCACGUUUGCAGACACACCCGGCUUAGUUUACCUAGUGAACUUUGAAAAGGACACUCUACUUCUUCUUUCUGCUCAAAUUGUGUCUUACUGCUCAACAAAUACUAUCAACACAAUGCCCGUCCCACUUUUGGUAUUUCUGCCACUUUUGGGUAACGAUAUAUCCGACGUUGUGUCUCUGACGCUUAAAUUUGAAUUUCUGGCAAAAGAAGUAACGUCGAAGCUGCCAAAUGUCAAGAUGUUUCUAAAACUCAUUCCAUUGGAUUUUCUCAAGAAUCCUUUGACUUCUGUUGAUGACUACUACAAACUCUGUGUCGGUAUUUACAAUAGCAUUCCUCCAAAGGGCACGAAAUUUUCAGCUGUUGCGGAAGAGAUCCCCAAAAAGAUUGAGUUCCGGGCAGGCCAACAAACGAAUGGACAGAUUUCGCAUUUCGAUGUCUACGUCCACCUAGCGUAUGCUAGAAGUAUAGACAGAAACUGGAUAUGCGCGGCAUGGUCGAAUUCCCGAGGUUCGGAAAGUGGCGUGAAAACGUGGUACAUUGGUAACUCAACUUCUGCAUUUGAAGAAGCCUGCAGUCAAAUGUGGCAGAUAACUUCUCAAAUCGUCGCAAAUAAUUACGGCAGAAUUUGUUUAGUUCUCACAAGAUUUGAUAGCAUCUUACCUGAUGACGAAUUGAUGCACUGGAGAAGACUUUCGUCGACUUCUAGGAAUCUACACCUGGCUGUUGUUUGUGUUGGAGACGACACAAAGCUUUCGUUAUAUGACGAAGACAGGUUUUAUCCCUCUUUUAAACCGAUUUUCGAAAAUGACAAACUCUCUCAGGCUAUUGACACAGCAAACUUAGACAACUACGAAAUCGUCAACAUAGAGAACGAAGUUCACGGAGUCCUAUUUCAGAACCCCUUGCAACUUGCGAACUCACAACAUAGGUGCGGAAUCCGAACUGGUGCGCUUGUAAGGUUUAAGGCCAGUAGUAGCCGCAAUAUCCUCGACAAAUUUGAAGUGAAUUUACUGAACUGCCCGCAUUCAGACAGCACAAAGCUUUUGAAAAUUAUUUUACAGGAAUUUAGAAACCUAGCUGCACUCAAUUCGUGGUUCGGAGUAUCAGAUUCUAGGCACUCGUUUGUCCCUUGGCAUGUUCUUGCCGUGAAGAAGAUGAUAAACGCGAUUGUGCACUUACAGGUUUCAAAUAAAGACUGA